CCAUUCUUGCAAGAAGAAGGAAAGCUGCAGACAAGCCGGUUGUGAAAAAGGAAGAAACAGAUGAAUGUGACUCUUCAGUUUCAAAAUCAUCAGUACAAGCAGAAGCCAACCCGCCGAGAGAUAAAUGCGCCACCAUGCCCAGGCUCAAGUCUUCAAUCAAUACUCAAAGAGAUUCAAGCCCAAGCUCCAGCCCCGUCACAUGCCAGUCCCCUACCUCUGCUGCCACUCCAGCAUCCAGACUUAAGACUGGGAAGAAGACCGCUGACGGUGCAGACAAUAGUCCUGAUAUGGAGCGCUUCAAACAGGAAAUCAUUGAAGAAGUGAGAAAAGAAAUCCAAAAAAUGAAGGAAGAGAUUAUAACUGCAAUGAUCCAGGAGAUGCAAAAAGCCAAUCUGGAGGGUGAAGUCUGUUGACAGCCUCAAAGAGCGUAUUGAGGUCACGCCGGUGUUGUGUCAAUCCAAAGCUAGGGCUCAUUUUUUGCUUUUUUUCACUUUCAGUUUUGCCAUUUUUUUCCUUCAAGAAGAAAACUUGAAGGCGACAAUCAAAACGAGUUUUUCUUUUUGGUCAUGAAUGCACGUACACAUGGAACUCGACUAAAUGUGUGCUCUUAAAGUGUUCUCAAUUAUUGUUACUCAUGUGUAUUCAUCACAUGGCGUAAGUGUCAUCUCAUUGUCAAGUUUUCCAUGUAUGGUAACAUCAUCAGGAAGUGCCUACUGACUCUGAGAAUGUUUUACAACAGUGUCAACAUUUUAAUCUAUGUGGGGAGGAACUUUAACUUUGUGCAAAAGGAAAUUCUAUAUUAAAACGAAUACAAUAAAACAUAUUGAGGCCUUAUAAACUAAUAAAAGAAAUGAAAAAAAAGCUAACAAAAAAUCAAGUAUGACAUUUUAAAAAAGCUUGAGACCUUAAAACUCCUAAAGUGUGUUAAGUCUUUCUAUCCAUCUAUUUCCACUUUAGUAGAACAGGUUCAACGAUCUCUUACCAGGUUGUCCAGUGGAGAAAAUGGCGAACGAUAAAAGAUGACGCAUAUAAAGAUACAUUCCCCAACAAAACACAUGGGUUUAAAACGUAUAACCUAAUUUUGAGUCAGACUAGCCCAAACUAUCUCUGAACUUAAACCAGUUCUAGAGACAUGAGGUUUUGGCCCAGGGGAUUCACCUGCUUUCACCUGGGCUCACAAGAUAGUAACUGUUUUUUUUUUUGUUUGUUUUGUUUUUUUUCAAUGUCCCUUAAGGGGCCCCAUACGUUGUAAAA